CUGUUAUGGGGUAGUAGGGUAGUCAUCCCAGCCUCAUUGAGGUCUAGAAUCUUGCUCUCUCUGCAUGAGGGACAUCCAGGUAUAGUAAGGAUGAAAGCACUUGCGCGCAGCCAUCUCUGGUUGCCUGGGCUCGAUAAAACCAUCGAGGCUCAGGUGCACGGGUGCCAAGUGUGCCAGCAGUCAAGGCCUGAAAUGCCUCAGGCUCCAGUACAUAGGUGGGAAGAAACUCAAACCCCGUGGUCACGGGUACAUAUAGAUUACGCUGGGCCCUUUCAGGGGCAAUUCUUCCUUCUCCUCGUUGACAGCCAUUCCAAGUGGCUAGAGGUUGUUCCUGUUUCCUCCACUACUACUGCCAGGACCAUCCAGGUGUUGAGAGGAAUUUUCGCCUCACAUGGACUUCCAGAUGUCCUGGUUUCAGAUAAUGGCCCCCAAUUUACCUCUUUUGAGUUCCAGGCUUUUCUCAGGUUAGCUGAUUUCCUUCUUGCACACCGCACCACACCUUGCACAGCCACAGGGAAGAGCCCUGCAGAACUCCGCUGGGGUCGCCACCUCAUCACCAAAUUGGACAGGUUGCACCCAGACCGGGUGGCUUCACAGGUGUCACAACUGCGGACACCUAGGAGACUUCAGGUGGGUGAUCCGGUCUGGGCAAGGAACUAUGGGCCUGGACAUCUCUGGGUCACAGCAGUGGUAUGCAAGGUCUCUGGGCCGUUAUCAUACAAAGUAGCCUUGGAUGAUGGCCGUGUUAUCCGCAGACACAUAGAUCAACUCCGCUGGAGGCUUAACAGCCACUUUUCUGUCUAUUACUUCAUAUGCUAA